AAAGUCGGAAUUGUUGGUAAAUAUGGUACCCGAUAUGGUGCUUCUCUGAGGAAAACGGUAAAGAAGAUUGAAGUCAGCCAGCAUGCCACGUACAACUGCAAUUUUUGUGGAAAAGAAGCCUUAAAGCGCAAGGCAGCGGGUAUAUGGAAUUGCAAGCGAUGUGGGAAGGUGGUUGCUGGUGGAGCUUAUGUUUGCAGCACAACCGCUGCCGCUACGACGAGGGCGGCCAUCCGUCGUCUCCGAGAUACUAUUCGGACGUAG